AUGCCAUUAAUACAUAUUUUUAAAUUAUCAAAAAUUCAAGUCGCUGCCAAUUGCACAUCAAUUAAAGAUUUUAAAUGUCCUUUGUCUGAGGAUUGUGUUCCCCUGUCCAAAAGAUGUGAUGGAAAUUAUGAUUGUGUAUUAGAGGAGGAUGAACAAAACUGUCCAAUGUGUAAAGCUAUUCAAUUUCCUUGUGUUGUAUCAGAGCAAUGCAUUCCUAUAGGGCAACGAUGUAAUGGAAUUAAAGAUUGUGCGGAUGGAACAGAUGAAUUGGAUUGUGAAAAUUGUGGAUCAGGCAAAUUCUUUUGCCGAAAGUCUGGAAAAUGUAUACAAGCUAAAGAAAGGUGUGAUGGUUAUGCUCAAUGUCCAAAUGGUAAAAGCAAUAAAAAGCUUUUAUAA